CUUUCCCAGUCAGCCCAGCCUCGCCGCCAUGGCAACCGGACACACUUCCGGCCCCAGAGCGGAAGUGAGGUGCGCUCGCCCCGCCGCCAUGUUGGAUGAGGCAGAGAGGAAGCGAGACGAGUGAGCAGGCCAAGUCCGGUUAUAUAUGUUUUUUGUAGCGUGCACAGCUCCUCCUCUCUGCUCUUCCGUUUCACGUCGGACUGUCGCAUGUGCGUUGUUUCCUCCUGCGGUGUUGUGUGCGCUAUUCAAGCCCUACGAUGGCACCCAAACGUCCUGCAACUGUUUCUGGCAGCAAGCCAAAGUGUAAGCGAAAGAUGCUGACCAUAAAAGAGAAAAUCGAGCUUCUCGACAUGCUCGAGGAAAGGAGAUCGUACGCUGCAGUUGGCCGCUAUUACGGGAUCAGUGAAUCAACGGUUCGUUAUAUUAAGAAGGAAGAGAAGAAUAUCCGGUCUACAGCAAUGGUGACUUUCAACAAGAUGGCGAAAAGGGUGAUGACUCCUCGUAAUAAGUUGAUCGUAAAGAUGGAGUCUGCAUUGGCCUUGUGGAUUCAUGAUUGCCGUAAGGAAAAUAUUUCCUUGGAUACGAACACCAUAAGGACUAAGGCACUGCAACUUUAUGACCGGAUGGCAGAGAAUACGGAGGACCAAGAAAAGGAGGACAACAAGGGUUAUGAGGCAGGAUCAUCCACAUCCACCAAAUCAGAAAAAUUCGCUGCCAGCAAGGGCUGGUUUGAUAAAUUUCAGAAGCGCUAUGGACUUAAGAGCGUUGGUCUGCAUGGAGUGGGUAAGACCGCUGCCGAGGAGUACGUGAACAACACAUUCAAGGAGAUAAUAAAAGAAGAGGGCUGUCAGCCAGAACAAGUUUUUAAUAUGGAUGAAACUGGGUUAUUUUGGAAGAGCAUGCCACCUCGCACUUUUAUAAUCAAGGAGGAAGCCACAGCUGAAGAUGUGAAUGAUCUGCUUGACGUGCACGGUCAACCGUUGACAGACAAAGGCCUUGAGGAGUUGACCAAGUCAGCAAGGGAAGAAGAGAAGGAAGAAGAAGAACGGGCUGAGGAAGAGGAGGUGGUUGGCUUAACGCUUGAGCGUCUUGCAACCUUGCAGAAAAAGGCUCAAGAACUUCAGCAACUUGCUGAAGAAUGGGAUACAAAUAUGGUUCGUUCUUUGCGGUUCAGGGAUUCCAUUGACGGCUGUAUGUCGGCGUACAAAACCAUGCUAACCCAGGCAAAGAAGCAGCACCAGCAACUCCCCAUAGAUAUGUCCAUAACUCGCACAAAGACGUCUGUGACGACGACACCUUCAGCGGAAGUACCUGGGGAGGGUUUAUAAAGACUUAAAAUAGUAUACUGUAUAUUGCAAUUGCUAAAAUAAAGUAUAAAUAUUAAAAUAAAAAUAGUGUCCCUACUUCGCGGAUUUUCAUUUAUCGCGGGAGGUCCUGGAAUGUAACUCCCGUGAUAAUUGAGUGAACACUGUAAUUCAAUAUUCUUCUGUUGUGGGUUCAGUCUGAUGAUGAAGGGGGAUUUGUGUUUAUGCAGGCUGACCAAGGAAAUGUUGAAGGCUCUGAAUUGUCAGAGAGGCCGCAGCCGCAGGCUAGCAGUGAAGCAAAAGUUUGUGGUAAACAGACUAGUAGUGAAACAGAAGUCAGUGAUAAGGGUGACCUUUCACAGGAUUCAGAACAUCAACAAGGCCCAGGUGGCUCUGGCAGCGAGUCAGAGGAGUCUUCCUUAGAUAGAGAUACAAGGUUAAGGUUAAGAGUUCAUUAUCCCAGAUGUUCUCUUAGGAUAGCUGGUAAAUGUGUGGGAACUCAAGGACAAAGGAAUGCUUUCUUGGCCUGUAAGCAUGGUUAAAUAAGGAAAAACAAUGAAAGAUUUCAGACGAAGCAACGUUGAUUUUGGAAGCUAAGUUCCUGCCUUGUCUAUGCUCAUGGAAAAGAAUUCUUGCUUUUGUUCAUAUCUGGAUCCUGGGUUUUGGAUUGUAUUUUGGAGUUCAUAUUGCCUUGUUUUCAGGACUGAUUUGCUAUAUUCGAGACUUUGAACUAUAUUCUACAGAUUGCCUUUGCAUUUUGAUUAUUGCUUUCUUUACUGCUUUUUAUUCAGACUUUGCUAUCUUUUAUUAAUAAACUUUAAAAAGUCUGCUGUGGUGGAGUGUGAGCAAGGUGAACUAGUGCGCUCAAUUCCAGCCACAGGGGGAGCUGUUGCUUCAUUCACUAUGACACCAAGUCCUUUUUGAUCGUAGUAUUUCCUCCUUGCUCUUUGAUCGCCGGCAGUUUUAUGGUGUCUUAAAUUAAAUUAACCUCCCUGCUUAAACGGUCUCUAAUUUAUUUACUCACAGCUGCAGCUGUUUUCAAACUGCUUAGGUGGACAGUCAGUUAGGCUAUUAAACGGUCAGGUGCUCAAUCCAACUUGGGUUUUGAACUUGUCACUUUUCGGUCGGCAGUGAUCUAUUGCUGCUGGCAAUUAACUAGCUGCACUACAGCCCGGCCCUAGUAUAUAUAUAUGUGUGUGUGUGUGUUUGAUAUAUGUACGUUAGUGAUAUAUAUGUAUACAUUAUAUGUAUGUGAGUUAUAUGGAGCCCCCAGUGGCGCAGUGGGUUAACACGCUGAGCUGCUAAACUUGUUGACCAAAAGGGCGGUGAUUCAAAUCUGGGGAGCAGAGUAAGCUCCCACUGUCAGCUCUAGCUUCUGCCAACCUAGCAGUUCGAAAACAUGCAAAUAUGAGUAGAUCAAUAGGUACUUCUCCGGCGGGAAGGUAACAAUGCUCCAUGCAUUCAUGCCAGUGGCCAUAUAACCUAGGAGGUGUCUGCGGACAACACCGGCUCUUAGGCUUAGAAAUGGAAAUUAGCACCAACCCCCAGAGUUGGACACGACUAGACUUAAUAUCAGGGGGAAAACUUUACCUUUACCUAUGUGAGUUAUAUAUGUGUACGUAAUAUAUGUGUGUCAGAGACAGAACGCCAGUGAGUAAAGCAAAACUCAGUUUAUUGAGAUAACAAAACUAAAAAUGCCCGUAGGAGACAAAAAAACAGGGCAAACACUUGACUUCAGUGUGAUAGGUAACAAAAAACAACUCAGAUUGAGCUUAAACAACUCAAAGGGAAAAAACCGGGUUAAACAGAAGUAUAAUCCGGAUUAAAUCAAAAGUGCUUACUUCAGCCUGGCAAACAAUGCAAACAAAGGAGGAUCAACAGGAGUCAGAAUGUAAACAACAGACUGGUAGCAGAUUCCUCUCUGCUACUCAGAAACAGCAGGAGACUAAACCAGGCUUGUUUAUUCCUCCCUGCAGCGAAGGAAAACGUGGUCGUAGUCAGGAUUCAAUUUAAGAUUCAACAGCCAACGAUAUCCAGGUCCAGGCUCAGCAGUCAGGGAAACGGCAGUCAGCAGGGUCCCAAUCCGGUCCAGAGGUCAAUAACCAAACGUAGCCGUCUAGGAAUUCAAAGGUCUCACCGAUAAGCAGCAGAAGGGAUAAUCCAGAAUCGAAGUCAGACAGUCCAGCAUCAAUCCAGUGUGAGUAGGUAUUGCCCGUCAAAAAGACAACGGAGGUCCAAGCUAUUGAGAUUAAACACAAGUUGCACAGAGAAAAACCCCGCACAGUUCCUCCCGCCGUCGAUGCCCAGUGUCCUUGGUAAACUUACGUAUCCAGCAACGAAUCACACCCGUCUUCAGGAAGUUCCCCAACAAAAGCCCAAGCGUCCGUCCAGAUUACCUUGCCCAACGCAAUUAGACAUUGAUCCCAAACCCCAAUUUAUCCCAGUUCAAGCUCAUCAUUGCUGUCAGCUGCCAUCCCAAUUCCAGGCGCCCCAAACUCAUCAUCCUCAUCAGAGCUAAAGCACCUUUGACUACGCCCCACAGCAUCCCCAGCUGUGGAUCCCGCUCCAUCCCUCCAGCCAGUCCAUGGGUCUGAUCCUGCAACCCGCCACUCACCUCCCAUGCUUUCAUUGCCUGUUUUCCCAACACCCAAAUCCUCCCUCACGCGAGUCCAUUCCAUGUCAUCCUCCUCCGAGCUGGCCAUCUCUUCCUCCAAACCCUCAGAAAAACCCUCAAAUGAGUCCUCAUCUGUCGGGUCUGUAAACAAAUCCCGGAGCCGUUUUCGUUCACGCUCCUCGAAAGAGUCUGACUCUCGAGGAGUCUUAUGCCCCCUUCUUCUAUUAUCGGAGCCCGAAGGCUCAACCAUAACACUGUGUAUGCGUUAUAUAUCUAUAUACAAUGUAUAUGUAUUGGAGGAAGAGAUAUGGAUACUUAACAUAUAAAUAUAUAUGUAUGUGUUUCUAUUCUCUCUGUAUCCACUAUUGUUUAUUUGUCCAUCUUGACCAAUUUGCAGGCCUUCCUCAGCCAUUCACUUUGCAUUGGGAUAACAGAUAACAAAUUAAUUCCAUCUCAGUGCAUAAACUGUUCACUGCGAUUAUCAUGCAUUGUAGUCAUCUUUCCUUUAUUCUUGCAUUCCCAACAAAGAAAACUCUAGUGUUGAGUAGCCAUGAAGUUGCAAUGCCAACCAGUGAGGGUAUCUGCACACAGGUAGCCUGGCUAUUGUUGCCUGGAGGCACUCUCUAUGGAAUGAUAUCCAGGGUGGGAAAAAGGCCCUUUGACUGUUUGAAGCAAGUGUGAAUGUUGCAAUGAGCAAGUUUGAAUUAGCAUUUGAAUACUCUUGAAGGCGCAAAGUCAAUCAGUGAGGGUAUCUGCACACAGGUAGCCUGGCUGUUGUUGCCUGGAGGCACCCUCUAUGGAAUGAUAUCCAGGGCGGGAGAAAGAACCCUUGAUUGUUUGAAGCAAGUGUGAAUGUUGCAAUUAGCAAGCUUAGUUCACACUGAGUGGCCAUGAAGCUGCAUAGUCAAUCAGAGAGGGUAUCUGCACAGGGGUAGCCUGGCUGUUGUUGCCUGGAGGCACCUUCCGUGCAGUUAUUUCUAGAAUGGGAGAAUGAACCCUUGUCUGUUUGAAGCAAGUGGAGAUGUUGCAAUUGGCAAGCUUGAAUUAGCAUUUGAAUACUCUUGAAAGCGCAAAAGUCAGUCAUAGUGGGUAUCUGCACAGAAGCAGCCUGGCUGUUGUUGCCUGGAGGUAUCUUCUAUGGAAUCGUGUCCAGGAUGGGAGAAAGAACCCCUGCCUGUUUGAAGCAAGUGUGGAUGUUGCAAUUGGCAAGCUUGAAUUAGCAUUUGAAUACUCAUGAAGGUGAAAAGUCAAUCAGUGAGGGUAUCUGUAUAGAGGUAGCCUGGCUGUUGUUGCCUGUUUGGAAGGUGUUAAGUGGCAAUUUGAUUGUUUGCUGGCUGGAACUCCCCUGUUUUCUAUUUACUUGAUUCUGGUGUUUUUCAAUAAUGGUGACCAGAUUUUGUUCAUUUUCAUGGUUUCUGUUGAAAUUCUCCACAUGCUUCUUGUGGAUUUCAGUGGCUUCUCUGUGUCGUCUGACAUGAUGCUGCUCAGAGUGGUCCAGCCUUGCUGUGUUGUCAAAUAAUAUGCUGUGUCCAGGUUGGUUCAUCAAGUGCUCUGCUAUGGACAGCAUGAUGCUCGAUGAUGCGCCGCCGAUGUCACAAUGGCCGGAACCAGGUGGUUGGGUAGGAUGAGAGCCAUGCUCUUCAGCCACACACCCUCGCCAUAGCCACUCCUUGGCUGAGCAUUGGGACUCCUCCAUGGCCCAGCCUGGGCCCAUGCGCUGGGGGCAUAGCUCUCCCAACGCGUGCCAUUACAGGCAGGGCCACCAGCAGACGGAUUGGGCCACCCAGGGCCCUUAUUGCGGGGCCAACGCCAUAGGGAAUGGUUGGGAGGGAGACCCCGACUUCGGCAGCCACAGCAGCAGGGAGUCCGAGGACCACGAGAUGUCGGCAGCAUCCACCAUCGCAGAUCUCUCCCAGUGCUUCCAAGGCUGCAGCCUCCGUAACCGCAAGAAAGAGUUCGCCGACCUGCAACGGCACCGUCUUUGCCGGGAGAACCCGGGCCUGUGCCACCUCCGCCACAGCCUCACGGGCAAAGGAAGAGCGUCGGAGGGUCUCCGCCGGAAGCAAGACGGCAGCAGGCCUUCUGUGGCCGUGAGCAGCUCGGCCCGGAUCCUGCCCCAGUGCCAGCUCAGCCACGUCCAGCGCUGCCAGGCCUGCCAAGCCUUCAACCGGGACCAGAACGAGAACGGCUGGGCUCCUUUGCAAGAAGAGGGCCCCGUCGGUGCAAGUGAGGCUCACCGAAACGUGAGGACAUCCCUUUCUUCUGAACGCCUUGGCAAAGUCCAGCACUGGCUGGAGCAGACCUGGGAAGAACGGCCACCAGAGCCGGACUGUCGGAGAUUGCCAAAACAGAGGACCCAACGCCCGGAAUUAUGCCCUGCUUAUGGGGGUCAGAAGGAAAGGGAGACUUGGAGCAGAGAUGCUGGAGAUGACCGGAGGGUGGACUCUACUGUGGACACCAGGCACCGGUGGAGGAGCCAUCCAGGAGAGAACUGUCAGGCACCUGCGCGGAUGGUGCCCCGUGGAGACGCCAGCCCUUCUCCUGCCACUUGCACCUGCCUCUUCUGCGAGCAGCAGAGACCUCGCGCCACGUUGGUCUCCGGCAAGAACCAGCGCGACCCUUCCGUGGCAGAAGUGGCCGUCCUCUUACAGGCGGAGAAGCGCGUGCCCCGGAUCGUGGAGGCCUUUGAGCGGAGGACCCGGUGGGAGGCCAAGAUGGCCCAGGAGGAGCAGGCCUUCAUGCCCGCCGGGCCCAGGGAGAUGGACAAGCCCAUGCGAGGCCACCGCCGGUCCAGCAGCGCCAUGGCCCACAGAGCUCACGGCAGGGAGGAGGAAGAAAGGGGGCAUCAUCGGGAGUCCCGGGCCCGGGUCCCCAGGGGGAAAGCAGCCACACAGCCAAGGAGGUGCCCCAGUUUCAUCGACAGGCUGCGAGGGAUCCACUAGGUCCCUGGGCUUACAAGGCUGAGAGCAAAGGCAUGGAAGAGAAGCAGUGGUCGGCACAGCCUGGCACCCCUGCCCUCCACAAACAAGAAUGGACCCAAAGAGUGUCAGGACCCAUCACUGGUGCAGGAGGUGGUCAGUGAAGAAGGGAUCUCAGCAGCAGUGAUUGGCAUUGCUUGGCAUCGCUACCCUCAAGUAGGAAGAUUGUCAUCAACGUGACCAACGAUGGGGACAUCCUGGCACCCUUGUCCUCCACAAGCAGAGAUAACAACCCAAAGAAUGUCAGAACCCACCUUUGGUGCAGAAGCUGGUUGAUGGAGAUGUGAUACACAGCAGGCAUUUCAGCAGCAGCAACUCCAGGUUCUCGGGUGGAGCAGUGAUUGGCAGAGACACAUAAGUAUGGAGACACAAUCCCAGAAAUUGUCAAGAAAGUGGUCAAUGGAGAUAGCUGCACCAAGCCCUGGGUUUCAGCUAGCCUGGCUUGGCAUUGCUGUCCUCCACAUGGAUGGAGAUACAUCUCCAGAGAAUGACAGGAACCCACCUUUGAUGCAGAAAGUGGUCAAUGGAGAUGAGAUACGGAGAAGGCACUGCAAGUUCUCAGUUGGACCACUGAUUGGCCUGGUCUCACCUCUCUGCCCUCCAAAAGUAUGGAAAUACCUCCCCAAAAAGGUAUCAGGAACUGACCUUUGAUGCAAAAGGUGUGUGAUGGAGAUGUGGUACGGUAAAGACCUUGCAGCAGAAGAUCCAGGUUCUCAGCGAGAUCAGGGAUUGGCACAGCCUGGCACUCCUGCCUGCUACAAAAACGGAGGUAGCACCCAAAGAGUGUCAUCAGCUGGACUUGCGAUUGGCCCAGCCUGGCAUCCCUGCCCUUCACAAAAAUGGAGCUACAACCCAAAGAGUGUCAUCGGCUGGACCAGUGGCUGGCACAGCCUGGCAAUCCUGCCCACAGUUAUGGAGAUGCAAUCCCAAGAGUGUGAAGAACUCAUCUUUGGUGCAAAAGAUGUGACAUGGAGAAGGCAUGGCGGCAGUAGCAGGCUCCAGGUCUCAGCUGGGCCAGUGAGUGGCACCACCUGGUUCCCUUGCCCUCCAUAAGUAUGCAGAUACAACACAAAGGAUGCCUAGAACCCAACUUUGGUGCAGAAGGUGGUCAAUAGAGAUGUGAUAUGGGGGUGGCAUUGCAAGAGUAGGCUCCAGGUUCUCCGCUGGACCAGUUAUUGGCACGUCCUGGCAUCCCUGCUCUCCAUAAAUAAGGAGAUGAAAACCGAAGAGUGCCAGGAACCCACCUUUGGUGAAGAAGAAGGUGGUCAGAAGAGAUGUGAUAUAAAGAAGGCAUUGCAGCAGAUUUCUCCAUGGGGCAGGAGGUAGACGGCCAAUGGGGCCAGGAUGGAAGAAGCCAUUGGGCUGGGUCUUUGUACUCAGUGGAGGACACCAGUUGGGUAGUUUUUCUCACAAGGGACACCGACCAGUCUAUAGGAAUAAACGGUGGCUGUGAAUCCA